AAGUCGUCCAUGUGAUUAAAUUCACGCAAUAAAAUUAAUAACUCAGAUGCCGAGAGAAAAUUUAAAGAAAUGCUGUAUUAAUGUUUGCAUGGAUCUGUAAAUCUUGGAGGAAAAUGUCAGUUAAUCACAGGAGUUCAUUCAAAAAAUUCCUCCUGGCAUUUUGAGAACAGUGGCGAGAACAGUUGCCCAGCAGCGCCACCACAGUGCACACGAGCAACCACACCAUGUCGGUAUUGCAGUGCUGAAGAGAAUUUGACAGUUCGUGAAAAAAAUUCGGAUCGGUGAAAUUUUUUCAUUUUGCCUAAAAUAAACAAAUACGGGCCAAAGUGACUCGACUGUGAAGGGGUGGAAAUUGUGCGGUGAGGCCUGCCAAUGACAAAGGGAAGUGUUCGGGAUGGCGAACAGUGAGGAGAGCACGAAGAAAGCGUGGACGGAGCAGGAUAUGGAUGCGGCUUUGGAUGCUAUGCGAAACGAUCAGAUGAAUCUUGUGAAAGCUAGCGUCCAAUUUGGCAUUCCUGCCUCGACACUGUGGCAGCGGGCCACGCGUUUGGGCAUUCCGGUGCCCAAGAAUGGUGUCAAAACCAAGACAUCCAGCAAGGAUGGAUUGGCUGAGGCGGUGGUGCUGCUUAAAAAUGGUGAGAUAUCGGUUAAUAAGGCGUCCAAGGUGUUUGGCAUUCCGCCGUCGACACUGUAUAAGAUAGCCAAGAGGGAGAAGAUUCAGCUGUCGCCGCCGUUCAAUACGUCGGCAACAUCCUGGACACAGGACACACUCGCCACGGCCAUGGAUGCCAUCCGGAAUGGGCACAUGUCCGUGCACAUGGCGAGCACAAAGUUCAAAAUUCCGUCAGGGACACUGUAUGGGCGUUGUAAGCGCGAAGGGCUUGAGCUAUCGCGCACAAGUCCAGCUCAGUGGUCACCAAAAGACCUCAAGGAGGCCCUCGAGGCCAUCCGUUCGGGCCACAUGUCCAUCAAUCAGGCUUCUGAGCACUACAAAAUCUCCUACAGUGCUCUCUAUAAGCGAGUUAAACCCAGUCUCUCGCGCUCAGAAGGUCAUGCCGGGCACGAACCCGAACGAACUGAUGCUGUCCUCACGGAGACAUCAGAAUCGUCUACGGAGGUAUCGGAACCCCUACCGCCCAGCGAUAUACGUCAGGGCAAUCGGAUUAUUGAGCAGAAUGGGUGCUUCAUCACGGUACUGGAUCCGUGCCACGUGGAAGAGAAACCAAUGCCUCCCAUGGAACACCAUCAGCAGCACCUUGACCCGCCCGGACACAAUGUGGACAAUCGCCACGAGUACAGGGUGAAUGGGAGUCCCAUUGGGAUGGGAUACUUGGACUUUGCACCGGAACCCCCAGCUCCAAGUGCCAUCCCCGUCACUGGCUAUCUCGACUAUUCAGCCACGGAGCCCAAGUACAGCACAAGUGCUGGAUAUCCAUAUCCGGCAAAUGGAUAUGGAAACUUGAGACCAUUGGAUCCGAUGGAGGGUGUACCACAAAUACACAAUCAUCAUCCACUGCCACAAUAUGUGCAGCAGCAUCCGUCGAUGAAUCCAAUGGGGCAACAGCAAAUGCACCAUCAGAUGCCCAGCAUGAGAGCUUAUCCGGAGCCAGUGGACUAUCUCAAAAUGUCACAUGACACACUUCCACAUCAGGUUCCGGCCGAACAACAACACAGUGAUGUCAACACCUUCAAUCACCUUUAGUGUGUAUUUGUGUUUGUGUUUCUGACCAGAGUAGACAAGUUGCAAGAGAUGGCGAGAGAUCUGGCGACAAAAUCAAAAGAAACAAUUCACCACCAAUCCUCCAGUUCAUAACCCCCAGCAGCACGGACUUUUCUCCUCAUCCCUCAACAACAACAACAACAA